AUGUCUUCUCUAAUGAAACUCUUCCUUUCCAUCGCUCUCUUCUUUGGAGGAAUCAAUGGAGUAAUGGGUUCAAUCAAGAAAAGUCCGAAGCUGUUUGUGUUCGGGGAUAAUUAUGUCGAUACCGGAAACACGAGGCAGGAGUCAGCGUCUUGGAAAUCCCCUUACGGUUACACUUUCCCCGGCAAACCUUCCGGCCGUUUUUCUGAUGGCCUCAUCUCCACCGAUUUUCUAGGAAUGAAUUUUGCGUUUGGAGGGGUUGGAGUGUACGACUCUCCGUUUGAGAAAUCAACCAACAUGUCUGCUCAGGUCAAUUUCUUGGUUCACCUUCUCGAGGCCGGCCGUGUCUACACUUUCGACGAUAUUACUUCCUCCGACGUCGCUCUCCUCAGCUACUCCGGCAACGACUAUUUUGGAUACAUCAUGAAAAACCCUAAGUUCCGUGCAUAUCCAGCAUUCGUACAAUAUGUUAUGGAUGAUAUACGGCAUGCUCUAUGGAUAUUAGACGGCCUACUAUUUAAGAAUGUAUUAAUUGCGUCGCUGCCGCCUCUUGGAUGCCUCCCAUUAUACACCGGUGCAUCCUCAUUCAAGAGUUGCAACGAGUCAUACAACGAAUUGGUGAAACUCCACAACAAACUGCUGAAAAAUGUCGUGGCCAAACUCAACGAAGAGGCUGAGCCAAGGAAGAAGAAUGGACAGCCCAACUUCUUCAUUCUUGAUCUUCACACCGCCUUCAUGACCGUCUUGAAUAAAAAAGGGAGCUCAAAGUUUAAGAACCCGUUGAAGCCGUGCUGCGAAGGCGAAUGUUCGAUUGUGAAUGAGAAGGGUGCGAAGAUAUAUACGGUGUGUGAUGAUCCUAAAUCAUCUUUCUUUUGGGAUAAAGUUAAUCCUACUCAAGAAGGAUGGAAAGCGAUUUACUCUGUGUUAGGCAACCCUCUAAGCAAAGGAAGAAACAAUGAAGUAAUGGGUUCGAAUCAGCUUUCUCAACCAAAUAAAAUCCCCAAACUCUUUGUGUUCGGAGAUUCUUAUGCAGAUACCGGAAACAUGAAGAAUGGCGCAGAGUCUUGGAUCUCCCCCUACGGUGUCACUUUCCCCGGUAAACCUUCCGGCCGUUACUCUGAUGGUCUCACCUCCACCGAUUUUCUAGCAAAAGCGUUAGGGGCAGAAUCGCCGUAUCUAUGGAGAACUCACGGGAAAAAUAAACUUAAGCUGAAAAGAGGAAUGAAUUUUGCGUUCGGAGGCGCUGGAGCGUUCACGGCUGAUCCAAUGCCUAAUUUGACCGCUCAGGUCAAUUUCAUGGCUGACCUUCUUCGCGCCCGCCGUGUCUACACUCCACAAGAUAUUUAUCCCUCCGACGUCUCUUUCAUUAGCUACGCAGGUGGCGACUAUUUCGAUUUCAUCCUCCAAAAUCGCCCUCCCGCUGAUUUGAAAGCAUACAUAGAGAAAGUCGUGGAUAGUUUAUACAAUAGAGUGAUUCGAUUAGGCGAUUUACUAUUUAAGAAGAUAGCAAUAACAUCGCUGCAGCCGAUCGGAUGCAGCCCUUAUUUCUCCUCUGCAUCCUCAUACAAGAGUUGCAACGAGUCAUAUAGCGAAUUGGUGAAACUCCACAACGAUUCCUUGAAAAAAGUCGUGGCCAAGCUUAACGAAGACUCAAGGCUUGGGAAGAAGGGGCAGCGUUACUUUGUCAUUGAUAUUCACAAAGCCUUCAUGACCAUCUUGAAGAACAAAGGAAGGACAAGGUUCAAAAAUCUGUUGAAGCCGUGCUGCGAAGGCGCGUGUGCGCGUGUGGAUUCUAAAGGUGCGAAGAUGUAUACAUUAUGUGAUGAUCCCAAGACUUCUUUCUUUUGGGAUAUAGUUCACCCUACCCAAGAAGGAUGGAAAUCGGUUUACUCAGUAUUAGGGAAUCCAUUAACCGAAUCUUUAACCAAAGCAUAA